AUGGAAGCUAGAGCUCGGAAGUUUGCAGGACUUCAAUCGACAAUUUUUAAAGAUAAUUAUGCCCCGAUUAAUGCUGCACAUAGAAGGUCUUAUUCAUAUGAUGCUCUUCAAGAGUCGACAAUUGAAAAUGAAGCUAACGGAAAGCAAUCGUUAAUUUUGAACAGUCAGAAACAUCAUUAUAGGUCUAAAGAAAGCGAAACCAUUGAUAAAGAAAUGCCAAGCAAGCCAAGCCAAAGACAUCAUUAUGAUUAUGCGAAAAGUCAGGUUUUAGAUGGAGCUUUGAUGCAAGCUGUUAAUUCAAAUAAAUUCGUUAGAUCGGUUUCUACUAGGACGUUUAGGAAGCCUGUAUUACACCAAGAAACACCUAAAAAGACAGAAUUUGAACCGAAAUAUAGAGAAGAGUCUCCUCAGGUUAGGUUUAGCAAAGAAUUUUAUGGAGUGAAUGGCUCGUUUUCGGUGCCUUCAAGUGAAAGCAAACUAAAUAAUCUUUCUUAUCGCCAAGAGACUGGCAGUAUGAACCCUAAAGAACGAAGGGAUUUCAACAUGGCAUCUCAAAUCUUUGCUGAGACAAAACAUAGAAGAGUGCAUUCAAUGAGCUGUACUCCAGAUAUAGAAGAAAAAUUAGAAUUUAAGCCUGAAAAACGAAAAUAUGAAAUGCUGGAUUCAAAUAUUUUUUGUAAUAAAAAAUACGACUAUAGCAGAGGGCUUUAUUUGGAUCACCCUGGGCUGCAAAAUGCCUUUUGAACUGGUGGAGCAGCAUAUUUCUGCAAUUUUGCCAAGCCAACUCUACCAGUUGGCAAAUGAAACCUAUAAUGAUACUUGCCAACUUGUGGAGUUGCUCCAGCCCUACACAAACUCACAAUAGAUUGGGCACUUUGAAGCCUAGGACGAUUCAAUCAAGGCCGGGCUAUAUCCCAAAAAUACAAGAAUGUGCUAGUGAAAACGAUGAAGCGAAAAAGAAAAAUCCUUUAUCUUCGAAUUUAUUUGGGAGGAUUUUUGAAGUCCAAAGGAAAGGUCACUCAAGAUCAUUUUCUGUUGGAGAAAUCGAUAAAAUGCCAAUCAAUCCGAUUACAGGAGAAACUACACAAUAUUCAAAUAAACCUGUAGAAAACCUUAAAUCUAAGCCACCUGCUGAUUUUAAUCCCCAUGAUCGCCACAAUUCUUCACAAAUUCAUGAAUGUUUACUUCGCUAGACUUGUAAGCAAGAAUGUUUGUGCUCUCUACCCAAGGAGCUUAUAUUUUUAAAUAUUCAUUUAAAACCUAAUUUUAUUUAAAAAUUUUAGACUUAAAUAUUUAAAAUAUAUACAAUUUGUGAGAAAUCUCGACAUAAAAAUUAUAAAUUAUAUAUUUAUAUUAAAUUUGAUUUUCAUGCUCUAUUAAUAGAGAUAUAUCUAAUAGUUUGAUCUCUAGCCAAGGGGGAGUUAAUGAGCAGUCAAUCGUAUGGGGCUUUACCAAAAGAUGAACCAAAGACUGCUGAGUAUUCAUUGCAAGGGUUACCAAAGGGUAUCACUUCAAAAGAUCUUACUCCUUCUUUAAAUUGGGGUAAAAAAUUCUGUUCCAAUUUAAAAUAGAUUAUAUAUAAAAAUUUUAGGAAUGAAAAAAUAUAAUUUUUUAAAAUUAAGAAGAAAUAAUUCAAAAAAUUACUCGAUUUAGUGUGAAGACUGGUUAAAUAAUAUUCUACUUGUAUUUUUCCAUUAAAUUAUGUGGGCUAAGGCAAAAUUUUAAACCGAUAUUUUUUUUUUCAAAUUAAAGGGGGAGUCAAAGAAUUAUGUGGGAAUAUGCAUGUUGUGCUUGCGCAAACAGACUCAGAUACUGUUACUGGAUACUGUAAAGGAACAGGAAAGCUGAAAAUCAGAAGCUCAGCAUUAUGAGAAAAAGAAAUGCAAAAUAUAAAGUUAACUCUAGCUGAAAAAGGAAUCUCAAUGAAGCCUAUACCCCCUACUAGGAGGCUUAAUAGUAACAUAUUUGAAACUCAUAGGAUUUUAAAAAGUAGAAACACACAAAAAAAGUACGCACCGAUUUUGCAAAAUAAAAGAAAUGCUAAAAUUAGCUAA